UAACAGAAAGCGGAUAAACGCUUUUGCCUUUGCAUCACGGAGUCUUGCUGCUUGCUCAACAUAAAGGAACUGGAAAGUUGUGCAGUCCUGCAAUGAUGCCAAUUACAGAAGUGAAGCUAAAAGUUCCACAAGCUACUUCUAAUAACUUCUACACAUCUUCUGGGAACUGUUUUUGUACAUUUUAUUUGCAGCCGUGGAUCUUCUGAGUAAUCCUCCUGAACCCCAACAUCCAGUAACAGAGCUGUAUACACUGACGCUGUUUCUAAUCACUGCAUGAGGCGCGCAGUAGGUUCUCCUGGAGUUCCAGACAUGUUUGGAGCUGUGUGUAAUCGUUUCAUGUGGCGUCGUGUGUUCUUUAUAUCGUGUGUGUUCUUUCCUUAUCUGUAGCUUCCUGUUUGUAGGAGGACGGACACAGUAACGUAGCUCUGCUGAUCACGCCUGCCUCGUGUUGUCUGUAUAAAGUCUCUGACUCUGAGACUCUUCUGCACUCGUCGUUCAGUGAACAUUGUGUUCCUCUGCUACGUCUGCGUCCAUCAUGAAGCUCCUCAGUGUGGUUCUCCUCCUGCUUCCACUCUCGCUCUGUUUGGCUGAAGUCGUGGAUGAUUUUACUGAGAGCUGUCCACAGUUCUUCGCUAAUCCGUAUCAUGUCGUUUCUCCUCCCACGGGUUUUACUGGGGAUCGCUUUAGAAAGAUCUGUCAAACUCUAAAUAAUAAAGCUGAAUUCGCGACACUCUAUGACACGGAGAACAGGAUCCCAGUUUACUCAGCAUACAGGUUUACCGGACUAAUGAAGUGUAAAAGAAGGAUGGGAAACUGGUAUAUUGAACCUCAGCUGGAAAGUGGAACCUUGGGGCCAAACAUGGCUACUGAGUCUGCUGUGAGAAAACAAGGUGUAAAUAUAGUUAAUCAGGCUGUGAACGGAGAUUAUAAAUAUUCUGGCUAUGAUAAAGGACACCUGGCUCCAGUUUUCCAUGCCACCUCACAGAACUGUGCUGAUGCCACCUUCACGCUGACCAACGCUGCUCCACAGGCGGCAAUGUUCAACCGCAAUACGUGGAUGAGGACAGAAAAAAGCAUGAAUGACACACUGACCAAAUCUUGCCUUAAUGUAGGCCUGCGUGCAUUUGUAGUAACUGGGGUUGUGCCGGGUCCUGAUACAUUGAAAAAUGAAGGUAGAGUGCGAAUUCCCAGUCACUUCUGGAUGGCAUUCUGCUGCCUUGAUAGCAAUAAUAUACCCAGACGCUCAGGUGCAUUUUAUGGAAAAAAGGAUGACUCUGUAAAAGAAAAGGAUGAGUCUGAAAAAGAAAAGGAUGAGUCUGUAAAAGAAAAGGAUGAGUCUGUAAAAGAAAAGGAUGAGUCUGUAAAAGAAAAGGAUGAGUCUGUAAAAGAAAAGGAUGAGUCUGAAAAAGAAAAGGAUGACUCUGUAAAAGAAAAGGAUGAGUUUGUAGUGUAUCCCAGGAGUGUGAAGAACAUGGAGACAGAGUUAACACAGCUGUAUAAGAUACAUGUCAAUAACAUCCCUGAUUUCCGCUUCACUUUGUUUGCUGGAGAAUGUUAUACAGAAACUGAACCAAUGGAAAAACAAUUAGUUGUAAAGGCAUCAAAGCGUAAAAAAGGAACCAAAGACUGUAAACCAAAUAAAUGUAGAAAAUUGUAAAGAAAUUUAAAGCAGGAACGAUGUUGAACUAGUGGAACGUCCGAGUGUUGAAUGGUUUCAGCGUCUGUCCUGUAUGUUUCCCAUUCAGUGGAACAACUUCUACACACAUACACUUAAAAAAAUGAAAACUAAUCAGAAAUCACUCAUGUGUUGAUUGACAUGUUGUUGUACUUUUAAUCAGUUUAUUUCUGUCACUAAAUUGGGAUCAGAUCAUUUAUUAUUAAUCACUGAAUUGCAGUUUGAUUUUCUGCAGAAUUCGACAUCAAUAAAGAGCAUCCAAUUAAA